AUUCAUUUUUUGCAUACUCUUUUUAUAAUAGCCGACUAUUAAGAGUAUUCAUGAGUCUUUAGAUUUUUCGUAGCCAUGAACUGUGACAUGCGUUCUCAUAAAAGUUUAUAUUGGUGUAAUGACAGAAUUGUAAUUUUUUAUACAAGCGCUUGUGUGUGUACUGCUUACAAUUAAAUGUAUGCAAAUUAAAUCAAGCUUUAAGUUUUUGGUUUGUCACAUUUCUUAAGCAGAAGCAAACGUCAAAAUGAAACUGGCGGCUUGCAUCUUUAUCAAAAUAUUUCAAAUAAUUUUUACAGCAACAUCAGUUAUAGUUAAAAAAAUAGCUGAUAAAUAUUCGGAGCGAGUAUUCACUAGAAACCAAAAGUACUUGACUGAAUGGACGCUAUUGAAUUCUAUUUCAUGGACAAAAGAAAGCGAUGACUUUACUACACUGACUAUGAUAGGAUUCUUAUUCAUCUCAACGGUUUUACUGUUAACCAGAAUUAUUGAGAAAAUGACAUACUACCAGACCUGCGAAAUUAUUUUACUCAGCUGUGGAAUCGUUUUCUUUGUUGUUGAAGGACUGCUAAUAUUCACUACUAUAGAGCAGCUUCAGGAUACCAUAUCGGAUUACGCCUAUGCUCUCGGCAUAAUAUCGUUUUCCUGCGCAGCACUAUUCGCUUUGGACGUAAUGCUCUUCAGGCAAAUGAUGGCAGCAAAAAAUGCAAGUUCUCAAACAGAUUUGGAAAGUGUCAUUAAGGCAUCCAAUUCCCGAGGAGUUACGACAACAAUGCGGUCCGAUCGAUGUUGUGCCUUUAAACAAAAACACAAUGAGACUCCAUUAAAAUAUUUGAGAACAGAUUUGUAAUGUAAGCAAUGUUAUCUCUAAUAAUAAGUGAAAUAUUUGUAUU